GCAGAGGCGGCCCAAAGAUGGCGGCGCCCUGGCGGCGAACCGUGCUUUGUGCAAGUCGGACAUGGCGGGGCUUCAGCACGUCGGCCGCCCGCAGCCGCCGCGCCGCCCCCCUGGGGCCGAUGCCCAACGAGGACCUGGACGUGAGCGAUCUGGAGCGGCUGGAGAAGUACCGCAGCUUCGACCGCUACCGGCGCCGGGCCGAGCAGGAGGCGCGGGCCCCGCACUGGUGGCGGACCUACCGGGAGCACUUCCAGGAGGGGACAGCAGAGCCCAAAGACGAGAUUGACAUCGGAUUGCCUCCGCCCAGAGUCAGCCGGGCCCACCAGCUGCUGGAGAGGAAGCAGGCCUUGCGGGAACUGCGGGCCAACCCCGAGCAGGAGCGGGCUGCCCGCCUCCGCACAGCCAGCGUGCCCCUGGAGGCUGUGCGGGCCGAGUGGGAGCGGACCUGCGGCCCUCACCACAAGCAGCGCCUGGCCAGGUACUACGGCCUGUAUCGGGACCUGUUCCACGGGGCCACCUUCGUGCCGCGAGUCGCCCUGCAUGUGGCCUAUGCCGUGGGUGAAGAGGACCAGCUGCCUGUGUACUGUGGCAACGAGGUGACCCCGACUGAGGCUGCCCAGCCCCCCGAGGUGACCUACGAGGCCGACGAGGGCUCCAGGUGGACACUGCUGCUCACCAACCUGGAUGGACACCUGCUGGAGCCUGACGCUGAGUACGUGCACUGGCUGGUAACUAACAUUCCUGGCAACCGGCUGGCAGAAGGAGAGGAGUCCUGCCCCUACCUGCCCCCCUUCCCGGCCCGGGGUUCCGGCUUCCACCGCUAUGCCUUCUUGCUCUUCAAGCAGGACGAAGCCAUCGACUUCUCCGAGGACACCCGCCCCACCCCCUGCUACCGGCUGGCCGAGCGCACCUUCCGCACCUUUGAUUUCUACAAGAGGCACCAGGACGCCAUGACCCCUGCCGGCCUGGCCUUCUUCCAGUGCCGCUGGGAUGCCUCCGUCACACACGUCUUCCACCAGCUCCUGGGAAUGCGGGAGCCUGUGUUUGAGUUCGUGCGGCCGCCCCCUUACCACCCCAAGCAGAAGCGCUUCCCGCACCGGCAGCCCCUGCGCUACCUGGACCGCUAUAGGGACAGCACGGAGCCCAGCUACGGCAUUUACUGAGGGACGGCGUCCACUGCGGGCAGGGAGGGAAGGGGGCGCCCCGGGGCUGC